CGCGCGCCGGCGCGGAGGAGCGUGGCGGGCAUGUGGCGGCAGGUGCAGGGCUGCGACGACUGGGAAGGCCUGCUGGAGCCCGGCGUGCACCCGGUGCUGCGGGCCGAGGUGGCGCGCUACGGCGAGCUGGUGGGCGCCUGCUACAAGGCGUUCGACCUCGACCCGGCGUCGCGGCGGUACCUCAACUGCAAGUACGGCCGGGAGCGGAUGCUGGAGGAGGUGGGCAUGCCCGGCGCCGGGUAUGAGAUCACGCGCUACGUCUACGCGGCGCCCGACGUCACGGUGCCCACCAUGGAGCCGUCCACCAGCGGCCGCGGCCGGUGGAUCGGCUACGUCGCCGUGUCCACCGACGAGAUGACCCGGCGGCUGGGCCGGCGCGACGUGCUCGUCUCGUUCCGCGGCACGGUCACCCCCGCCGAGUGGGCGGCCAACCUGAUGAGCUCGCUGGAGCCGGCGCGCCUCGACCCCUGCGACCCGCGCCCGGACGUCAAGGUCGAGUCGGGCUUCCUCAGCCUCUACACCUCGGCGGACAAGACGUGCCGCUUCGGCGGCGCCGGGAGCUGCCGGGAGCAGCUCCUCCGCGAGGUGCCCCGCCUCAUCGACUCGUGCGCCAGGGACCGGCCCGGCGAGGACGUCAGCGUCACCCUGGCGGGCCACAGCAUGGGCAGCGCGCUGGCGCUGCUCUUCGCCUACGACCUCGCCGAGCUGGGCCUCAACCGCGGCGCCCCCGUGACGAUGUUCUCCUUCGGCGGGCCCAGGGUCGGGAACGCCGCCUUCAAGGCCCGCUGCGACGAGCUGGGCGUCAAGGCGCUGCGCGUGGCCAACGUCCACGACCCCAUCACCAAGCUCCCGGGCAUCUUCCUCAACGAGGCCACCAUGGGGGUGCCCGUGCUCCGCCUGUGGCGCGCCUCCUGCUACACCCACGUCGGCGUGGAGCUCCCGCUCGACUUCAUCAGGGUCGGCGACCUCGCCAGCGUCCACGACCUCGGCACCUACGUCGCAUUGCUCAAGAGCGGCGGCGACAAGCAGCAGGCCGCCGCGUCCAACGGCGGCGGCGUGCUGGCCAAGGUGAUGGACUUCGUGGGGCGGCAGCGCGCGAGCGCCGUGCCAUGGCAGGACGCCGCCCUCCUACAGAUGGGCGGCCUGGUGCAGACCCUGGGGCUUAUCUGAGGAUCAGCCAACCGGCCAGGGAUACUCUUUAGUUUUUGGAGGAUUUCAGGUGCUUUUUUAGCCGAUUUCUUCUGUGUAGAUCGAUCGAUCGUCGAUUAACGUAACCUGGUCGUCGUAGAAGCACGAUCAAAAAGGAAUUCUUUCGUUUUUUUUGUUGGCACAGACACCGUGUACAGCUAAACACCUAGACAGUAUUUUCCUCUCACACCACUACAGCCACUAGCUCCAGCUCUAGAUAGCCAAUAGUAUUUUUCUCUCACACCACUUCAGUCAACAGCUCCAGCUCCAGCCCAGCGAACGGAGUGGACAACUACACAACAGAACCCAUCUGAUCUGUUCAAUUACUCAUCCAGGAGAGCAGACCUCUGCUCAUGCUUCUUGCUCUGUCGCCGCUGGUCUCCAGUUUGUUCGUCGAUCCGGCAACUGGAUGAUGACCACCACCCCAAGUGUCCUAUAGCUCGGGAGAGGGACACGUUCGGUUGUGAUGCUAAAAGUAGG